CAACCAUUUUGAGAGAACGAUUGGUUUUUGCUGUGCGAACUAUUAAAUCUGAAUCUCAAAAGUUUGAGGGCAAACAAUUGAUUUCAAUAAAAUGAAGAAAAGGGCUAUUGUUCAUGUUUUAUCGUUCUCAGUUCAAAAUUCAAAAUUCAAACAUCUCUAAUUGGAAAAAAUCAACAGGGUCACAUUUUAAAAGGUCUAAAAACUGGUCCGCAGAAAAACCCAGAUGACCAAUCAAGAACGGCAUUUGGAAUCUUCAAUAGACGAAAGAAAGAGGGGUUUAAAGAACUUUUCGGAGGAAGGAGGAAGUCGAGUGAUCGAAGAAAGAUGGUGUGGAUGGUAAAUCAGGAGAUAACGAAGGGGAAUAGAAGACGGUCAUGGGGAGGAGCGUUUCUGUGCUGGGUUUGCCUUAUGUUGGUAACUCCCAAGAUACCACUCUCCCCUGAGUACCACCUGUUCGCUGAUAUGCGCAACUUCCUCGGAGUGCCUAAUACGUUGAAUGUGAUCACCAAUUUCCCUUUUUUGAUUGUGGGUGUUCUUUGUUUUGUUCUCUGUUUACAAGGAAGCUUCUUCAAUAUCAGUUUGCGAGGAGAGGGUUGUGGAUGGACCAUAUUCUUUGCAGGGAUAGCGGGGAUGGCUUUUGGCUCUGCUUAUUAUCAUCUCAAGCCUGAUGACAAUAGAGUAAUGUGGGACAUCUUGCCGAUGAUGAUCGCAUACUCGGCACUUUUAUCUUGUUUUAUUGUGGAGAGAGUGGGGAAUAAGAUUGGAUUAAGUUGUUUGCUAGGGCUUUUUCUACUUGUUUUUCUGAGUGCAGCUUAUGCAAGAACAUUUAAUGAUCUUCGGCUGUGCAUGAUGUUCCAGUUGAUCCCAUGUAUAGCCAUACCGACCAUGAAUUUUUUGUUCCCUCCUAAAUAUACACACUCAAGAUUUUGGAUCUGGGCAGCAGGGGUUAGCCUAUUUGCGAAAUGUGAAGGUUGUCUGGAUAGGAGAAUAUACAGGGCAAAUCGCUACUACAUCAGUGGGCACUCGUUGGAGCACUUGUGUUCUGCACUCAUCCCUGUUCUGCUUGCUUAUAUGCUUAUGUAUAGGAAUUUAAGGUUUCAGAGAUUAGGUGACUUGAAAGAGCGCCUCUGAAGAUAGUCGGGGUGAUUAAUGAAGGCAUUGCCUGUGCUGGUGGUGGUGGGUGCCUGAGACGUUUCUUCAUUGUAGAAAAGAGCAACCGGAGGAGGCAAUAAAUAUCUUUAGGAUUGUAUGAUUCCGGCUGGAGUGGCGCUUAAAUUUUUGAGAGAGAGGAAUUAUUUACUUGCACUAAAGUCUGCCAAACAUCUAAGUUGAUUAUAAGAAGAUCAUGACAGUGAAUCAGUUUAUUAUACCGGUUGUUGGUGGUUCUUUUUUUGUUUUUGCGCACUCCCUUAGCUUGAAUGAAGGUAUUGUAUUGUAAUCUGAUGUUGUUGUGUGAGAUUGUUGUUAGCAUAGUGUAAUAAGAUUUAAGGUCAUAUGUUGGUUGG